AUGAAAACGACGUUAAUAUUUUUUUUUGCAUUUAUCGCUUGUGCAUUUGCUCUAACAAUCUCGAGUUAUUCAACAAGGUACGAACACAUUAAUCUAGAUGAUGUUCUCUAUAAUAACAGACUUUUAAAAAAUACUUAUAAAUGUAUGAUCGGAACGGGAAGAUGUACAGCAGAAGCCAACAAAUUAAAAGCUUAUUUUCCGGACAUGUUAGAAACAAAAUGUUCAAAAUGCACACCGAGACAAAAGAAAAAAAUAAAAAAAGCAGUCACAUUUUUAAUGAAACACAAACCGGAAAUGUGGGAAGGAUUACUUGAUAAAUACGAUCCGAAAAGAGAAUUGUCAAAAGAUAUGCUAACGGAUCCUAAUUUUUUGGGUAAAAUAUAA